AUGCUGAUGAAUACAGCCGCUUUCAAGGCCGUCCAAGCCAUCGCGUCGCUAGUCUUCAGCACUGGCUGGAAGAGCUACGGCAGAGCUCAUACAUACUAUAACCGACACGGCCAAUGGGCUCUCAUGGCGGAAUACGCCACCAAAACGGGGCCACCCUGCGAGCUAAAUUGGCUCUGGAGAUACCCGCUGUCCCAUUGGAGGCCCUCGCCCUUGAUGGCUCGCUUCUGUACGUUCUCAAGAGCCGGGGGUCCGGGGGUGCUGCUAGGCAGUGGCCAGGGUGCUAGGACGGUUGAGGGCCUCCUCAUCAAAGGUGACCCGAUGUUUAAGGAGAGACCCAUGUUAUUAAAGACACUGGCUUUGAUGAUGGCCGUGGAAAAUGAUCUUCAGGGCUGCGGUUCUUCACUAUCUUCACCUCCUCCGGCUUGGUGA